AGUCCAUUCCUGCGCCACCAAACGUUAGUUGAGAGUAAUUUCCGAUCGAAAUCUGAACCAAUUCUUGCUUCCUCAUGCUGCCAUUUCACGACUCUGAGGCCAUUUAAUGGCUUUUCAUAUAAGAAACUCAAGAAUUCCCAAACCCAAUCUCUCCGCCACUCGAAAUGACGGACCAUUCAUCGCAUCCGGAGAGCAAGUCCAUUUACGACACCGGCGAGAAGCUCAAGGAAAGCAAGCUGAAGGUAGCUCUCUGCCCUUGUAUCUUCUGCUUGGUUCUGCUGCUGGUAGUCGCAUCAAUCUUCCUCACUGUCAAAUUCCGUCUCUACUGCCACACUCCACUCUUCAACAAAGCCUGCCGUUAGUCAAUUCUUUUCUUUCUUUAAAGUCCCAAUCUUGCUUUGCUAGAUUUAGGCCCUUUUGCAAGUAUGCUGGUUCCGAUUCUGAAAUCGAGAAGGGAUCUAAUUUUAGGGCUGAGGAGGUGGAGAGGGUUUGUGGGGUGAUUGAUGAGACGUUUGAUGUAGAUAGGAAUAUGGAGGCUGUGUUGGAUGAAUGCGGCGUUGAUUUGAGUCAUGAGUUGGUCUUGUGCGUGCUGCCUAGGUUCAGGCAUGCUCGAAAGCCCGCGUUUCGAUUCUUUUGCUGGGCUUCGGAGCAGCCGGGCUAUUCUCAUGAUUCUGCAACUUACAAUGCAAUGGUGGAUGUUUUGGGGAAGGGUAGGCAGUUUGAGAGCAUGGUUUCGUUGAUCGAAGAGAUGGGGGAGAAAGGGUUGCUGUCGGUGGAGACGUUCAUCGUUUGUAUCAGAGCAUUUGCCUCUGCAAAGGAGAGGAGAAAGGCGGCUGGGGUUCUUGAUUUGAUGAGUAAGUAUAAGUUUAAAGUUGGUGUAGAGGCCAUCAAUUGCUUGCUGGAUGCUUUGGGGAAAGCUGGGCUAGGGAAGGAAGCACACGAAUUGUUUCAGCGGUUGGAGCAUCGCUUUACUCCGGAUUUCAAGACGUAUACUGUCUUGCUUAAUGGAUGGUGUGAGGCGAGGAAUCUGAUGGAGGCUGGGAGGGUGUGGAAUGGGAUGGUUGACGGUGGUUUCAAGCCUGAUGUUGUUGCACACAAUAUUAUGCUUCGAGGGUUGUUGAAGGGUGGAAAGAGUUGUGAUGCAAUCAAGUUGUUUGAGGUGAUGAAAUCUAAGGGUCCAUUUCCUAAUGUUAGGACAUACACAAUUUUGAUUAACCAUCUCUGCAAGCAUGGUCAAAUGGAAGAAGCUAUGAACUACUUGGAUGAUAUGCACAGCUACGGUUGUGAACCGGAUGCUACUAUAUACACGUGUUUGAUGAUAGGUUUUGGGAACCAAAGGGAGAUGGGAAUGGUGCACAGGUUGUUGAAGGAGAUGAGGGAGAAAGGAUGCUCGCCUGAUGGGCAGGCGUACAAUGGCUUGAUCAAGAUGAUGACGAACCAAAAGAUGCCUGAUGAUGCAGUUGCGAUAUACAAGAGGAUGAUCCAAAGCGGCAUACAGCCAUCCAUUCACACUUACAACAUGAUGAUGAAGGCAUAUUUUGUAGCAAGUAAUCCUGAAAUGGGAUGUGCAGUUUGGGAGGAGAUGAAGAGGAAGGGAUGUUGUCCUGAUGAAAAUUCCUACACUGUCUUGAUUGGGGGGCUCAUACGGCAAGGGAGAUCGAACGAGGCCUACGAGUAUUUGGAAGAGAUGGUUGAGAAAGGGAUGAAGGCUCCUCAGCUUGAUUACAAGAAUAUUGCAUCUUAUUUUUCUGGGCGUAGGAGAAAUGCGUUGGAUGACUUUGCUGAAAAAGCAAGGUUUUCAGUAAACUCAGAGGUGGCAACUCUCUUUGCCCACUGGCCAAGGCGAUUAGGAUAACCUUGUAGUUUUGCUGUUGUAAAUGUUUGAUUUGUGACUUCUUCAUUUGACGUUUAGUUAUGGCUUCCUAUUAAAAACUCAA